AUUCAGCUUUUCCAGUAAUUUAAGAUUCCCUAUUUUUUCUGGGCUGGGUCACGUGAUCCCCAUAGGCACAAUGUAUUCCGCAAUUCAGAAAAAUAUUUUAAUUCUCGGUAUUGUUGCUUGUUUUUAUCCAGUGUGGACGGCCACCACCACGAAAGGGACGACAACAACAACGACGAAAGCGCCCGUGAAAGCCAACUACAGUAUCAUUUCCAUACCGAUUCCCGGCUUGUAUAAUCCAACGAAUCCGCCGUCCGGCUUCAUCCCAGAUGUCAUCAAGGAGAUGGCGAAGAUCGCCGGGUUUAACUACUAUUUCGCCAAUAUCGGCGAAACCGGGUUCGGACGAAUGCUGCCCAGCGGGAAGUUUGACGGCGCCAUGGGACAAUUUAUAUUGCAUCCGGAAAAGUACGAUAUUUAUGCGUCGUUGCUGGAAAAUCAAGGCCCUUAUGAACAAGUUGUGGACUUCCUGACGCCGUUGUUCCAAUCCAAUGUUACCACGGUGUACAACAUGAAACGCGCUCUGCCCUCGGACAUCAUCAGUCGGACCGUGGGAUAUCUAGAGAAAGUGCCGGUUGUCGGUUCUAAGCUCGCGCAGGGCGCGGAAGACAUUUUAUCCUACUUGAAACGUGUCAUGGGCGAGCCGCUUUUCAACACUCUGUUCGGCUUUUUCAAUUUCUUCUUCGGCAGCAACGCAGGCAAGCAGAACGUUAACACCGUGCUGGUUAAUCAGAAGUUCUGGGAGUAUAUGGAGACGGCGGUGCUGGAUCUAUCCGAGACCUUCAACGACGUCCAUAAUUUGGUUAACGAUCCGAGUAAACUGCGGGAUCCCGACACCUGGAAGGACGUCCGCAGCACCAUCACCAAACCCGGCAGCUUGGUGCCGCGCACCUACGACCAAAGUAUCGCGUGCGUGAAGCGGGACGACGGGAACCAGUGCCGCUUUAUCGGCCGCACACCGGUUAUCGACAACGAGAUCGUCCAGUCCAACGGCAAACUGGGCAAGGAUGUCAAAACCAUCCGGCCGGUCUGGGGCAGCUUCUCCGUACAUAAAGCCGCCAGCAACCCAAAAAUUACCCCGAUGAUCAAAAGCCUCAACACGGCCAUCCGUACGCUGAUCGACACAAAAGUUAUCGAGAAACUGUACACCCAGUAUUUUCCAUACUCCGUUUUUACGCGUCCGGUCAGCAUUACACCUUACUGGAAAUCAAAAGCUGAAACAUAAUAUUAUUAGUUUUUUUUUAAAUUCGUCCAUGCUGCUGUUGUGGUUAAGUUAUAAUGAACUCAUUAAUGGAGCGGUGGAUGCACGCGCGAACAAUGUGCGAUUAGCGAGUACCAGUGUAGUCGUUUGUUUUGUAACUGGUUUGACACCGGUAGUUGUCGCUGCACUUGUCUGUUUAAUCGGGGAUUGCAUCGGUUUAAUCCAUUAAUGUCCGCAUGUUAUACACAAUGGCAAAUGCUGUAGCAAUUCCGAAACUUUUGUAGUGUAACGGAAAAAAAUCGAUCAUUUAUUCAAUAAACGGUUCUCGGCCUGCG